UGUCUUACCACAUUACAUAUAACUCUAACACCUAGGGUAGUAUUUUGGCGGAAACUAGUGUUAUCAUGGUAAAUUUAUCGCAAGUAAUUUCCUGUUGUUUUGAGGAUCUGCCGUUAGAUUCGGUCGAGACGGGACUCGAGCUCGUGCCACGUUACGCUACGGUGCGUUUUGGUUCAAAUGUGUUCCCUGUCAUUUCUCGGUAAAGUGCUGUCCUUCCAUGGAUCCACUCAAGUAUUUGAGCUGAAGUAGAAUAAUCGCAAGAAACACAGCUGUCGCGAUCUCUAGUAACAGAUCGGCAGCGUAUAAUAGCUUUCAAACCUCAGAAAGAAGGAAAGUGUUAUUCUUUUUAGUCUAAUAUAGCGUAACUGCAUUAUGCACAGUGGAGCCCCGUUUUCUCGCUCGCAAAUAAAAUAAUGGGAGAGAAAUGAGAAGGAAAACAAAAGCCCAGCGAAUUCUUGACUACGAAAACGAAGAGGACGAUGAAGAGGAACAAAAAUCAGACUGCUUCAGUAACGGUGCACAGAAACGGAGAAAAAUGUAUCCUGCCAAAGAGAAAGCAGAAGAAAAUGUAUCUUCCGACAGCGGGCUUCAGAAGUUAGACAAGGUUAAUGAGCUGGAUUGUUCUUCCGCAGACCUCUACACAGACAGUCCUCCUACUUCUGAGUCUGAGGAGGCUCAUUACUUACAGUCUUACUCUAAGAAGGAGCUCAUUGCAAUGGUCAUAUGCAUGCAGAAGGAAAUGGAGGACUUGAAGGAACAACUUAGGUGCCUUACAGCAUGUGGAAAGCUGGCAAGGAACCUGGAAGCUCUGAUCGAGAAGACCCAGACCCAGAUGUGGUCAAAUGGGGACAACGGGACUCCUCUGCCGGUUUCCCCAGGCAUGGCGCAGGUACCUGCCGAGGUGGAUGCUGUGAUACCAGAUGCAUCGUCUGCUCCAGCUGUUGUGAAUGGGCAGUGGGUGAACCAGGGGCCAGGAACACAGAAAACUCAUGAGAUUAAUCAGAAUGCUCAGAGGGAUAGGCUCUUCACAGAGUUCAUCACUCCUGAAAUUUUGGAGAGGUGUAACACGGGCACCACUGCUCAGAAGCUGACCAAUGACCUGCUCCGUGGACUCUAUGAGAGAGACUGCCUGGCUUCACACUCCAUAUCUGGAGUUGUGUACAACAAAAGGGGCCAACCCAAGCCUGCUCUUCCUAGCGAAGAGGUCCAGGCAAUCCUGAGAACUGUUCAGUAUUUCUUUCCUGGCAAGACCGAUGCAGAGAUCAAAGGCUAUAUCCGACAGAAACUACAAAAUGAAGCCAAGAGGUUGAGGAAGAAACCUUCACUCUCAGGCCAAUAUGAGUCUAGGGUUCAUGGUCUAGCAAGCCCCAGACCGAGCAAUCUGCACUUAGACAUGAUUGACCAGGAUUGAAAUAUAUGCUUGGUUGAUAUCAGUUAUGUGUUCUCCAUUGAACUAGCCUUAUUCGGUGUUAAUUAUAAUGAAAAAUUCCGGAUUCCAAUGAAAUCAGUGUGCUUUGACAGUCUUCAAAGAAAGUCACAAUGAUCUCUUGUAGCAGUUGCUUGGCUACUGGCGAUUGUGGCGUUAUUGAUGUGAAAAUGCAAAUUAGUGAUUACAGAGAAGUCCAGAUGUUGCAUUCACAAAGGCCUCUGGCUGCUAUGAGCACAGCCGAUGCUUGGAAAUCAAGAUGCUUAGAUGUAAUGAUGUGUCUCUGUGAACAAUUUUUUGAUACUUUGUAUUUAACAGAUGUGUAGAUGGAUGAAAUACCAGUGUGCAAAGAAAAGUCAUUGGAUGUGACCAUUAUUUGCAUUGUAUUUUCAAGGUUUUUCUUAUUUGAUGAAAAAAAUUAUUUGGUCUUUAUGAGAACAUAGCUUUAUGUAUGUAGAUUUUUGUUAUUAAAUAAUGAAAACUCAAGCAAACGAUA